GAGUCCAUCCAUCCUUCAACUGCUCAUAAACUUGUGUUUUCUCUGCUUUGCUUGCAUCGAAUUAAUGCCCACACUUUCUGCGAAUUUGGCCUCGGAUUGGGAACAGGCCGUCACAAAAGUACAUAAAUAAAUUGUACACAUUUUCAACAACACUCCUUCACUCGCACCACGUCGUCACAAGUUCAACGUUCAAAGUCAUUCCCCCAUCCGCAACUCUGCUUCCGUGACUGAGGUCCUUGUCUCCUCUGACCACCAAGCGUCGCCUCCUCGCCCAGUCCCAGUCUCACUUCCACUCUGGAAGCUGGACUCAUCUUUUUACUCAAAUCCUAAAAAAUAAAUUUCCACGAAAAAUGGGAAACUUUUGGUUAUUUGUGGUCCUCUUGGUGAGUUUGUCGUGUACUUUGGUUCAGCCUGCCCCACAAGCGUCGUCUCGAAAUUCGCCCGACUACUCGGUGACCCAUUUAGACAUCCGUGAUGCCAUCCUGUCUUUGGUCAGCGUUCUUCGCGACCAAAUGGACAAAUUGGAGCGUCACGAGGUUCGGGAGCGACAACUGGGCGAGCAGCUGACUCGUUCCCUCGCCACUUUGGAGAAGCGGGGUCGUGGGGAGGAGAAGAAUAUCGAAAACAUUGCUUCCUACAUCGCCCGCAUUGACGAGAAAAUUAAAUUUGCUCAGCAAACGAUCGACAGAAACAACGAGGAGAGACGAACGGACGUGGAACGAAACAAGGGCGACUGGGACCAACUACGGGCACUAAUUACGCAAGGUGGUGGUGGUGGUGGCAAUCCCAAUUUGGAGAAGAAGUUGGACCUGCUCACGGACAAGGUGAACCAACUCAAGCUCACGGGAGAAAGCAACUCUGCCAAGUUUGACAGUCUGAUGGAGCUGUGGAGAGGCGGGGGAGGGACGGGCGGGGGUGGAGGCGACAUGAGCGACUCCAUCAUGGCCGAACUGACCGAGAUCAAAGAGUCGAUCGGACGAGCGUUCGACUCAGGGGAGAACAAAGGCCAGACUGGUGGACAGGCUUGGCAAACGGAAAUUGUGGAGACGCUCGACUCUCAGCGAAGACAGCUCGCCGUGCUGGAGGAAGAGAUCGGCAAAGCCAUCGGACUCUUGGGCAACGUGACCACUUCCGCCACGUCAAUGUCAGGUUUGUUGACCACUCUGGAUGAAGACACGAAGCGAGGUUUCCAAUCCUUGGGAUCUCAAUUUGACUCCAACUCGUCCUCCGGUUUGGGCGACACUCUGUCCGCCAUUCAACAAGCCAUCGCCACUGGACAGAGCUCCCUGUCCGAGAAAAUCCUCUUCACCUCGACCGCCAUCAACUCCCUCUCGGACAAAGUGGAGCAGGAAUAUCAACACCUUUCUGGCGAGCUGAAGGGAAUUGCCAACGUGGAGAGCGUUCUCCUCGACACGGGCGACAGCGUGUUGGACACCAAGCGUCGCCUCGAAUAUGGCGUCCAGCAAAUCAUGGGCGAAAUUAAUCACCAGUUGUCCACGUACACGGGGAACCUGAACACGUCGCUCCAACAACGCUUCGAUGGUUUGGCGACGGCCGUUUUGGGGAACCAAUCCAUCGCCCUCACCAACCUCACGUCCCGAAUGGAAGAGGAGAUCAGCCAGGUUUGGCGACAAAUUGGAAUCCUGUACCAUCAAAUGAGCCGCUCUGCCAACUUGCUGGAUGAAAUUCACAGCCAAACCUCGCAAUACGUGAACAACAGUUUGGACACCAUGUCCUCGAUGGAUGGGAAAGUGGGGCAGAUCACGAGUCAGAUGGCGGGGGUGGACGACAACCUGAACUACCUCUUGGGCCGAAUGUCCCUCGUCGUGCAAGAGUUCAACAUGAUCAAGGGCGGCUUGGGCGACGCGCUGGUGAGCUUGAAGGAAUCCUUCGCUGAGAUCGGGGAGCUGGAAGGGACCACGGCACCAGACUCUGUGGACGGAGGCCCCAAGACCGCGAGUGGUGGGGAGAGCAGCAGGGAGAACGAAGUCAACACUUUGUAGUGAGCACCAGUCCGCCAAGGACACGACUUAGCAAUUAUGUAUGACGACUAAUCAAUCUCUUCUAAAAUAAUGACUCUUAAUAAUGUAAGUUGUAAGCACUGAGUUUAUUUCCAUCUGCGCCCAGCGUCAGUAAUCAUUCUAUGGGUUGGACUUGACGCGUUUUUGUAUCGUACAGACAAUCUGCUUAAUAAAUCACUCGUAAUGAGUAAAAUAGUAAAAGUAA